AAUCAAACCAUGACCUCUUGGUUCACAGGUCAAUGCUCAACCACUGAGCCACGCCAGUCAGGCAAGGCCUUUUUCUUUGAGGAGUGGGGAAGAUGUCUUUUGACUUCCCUCAUAAUAGAAAGGAUGCAGCAAGAAGUCAAAAUAAUUAACAAGGACCUAAGUGAAGACUGACUUUCAGUGUAUCCCCUGAGUAAUCCAUAGAGCAAGUAAUGCCAGAAAUCCCAACACUGGGAACUUGGUAGCCAGCAAGCUCUCAGUGUCAGGCGGAUCAGAGAUCAUGAGCCACAGGUCACUGCUAAGAAGGUGGUCCAAGUUAUCCUUAUUUGAAUAUGACACCACCAACAGCAUUAGUGACAAAGGAGAAAUGGUGCUCAGACUUUGCCGCCCGGCUUAAUGGUGAUCAGGCCAGGUAGUAAUAUGUAUUAUUAUAAUUAUUGCUAUUAUUGUUAUUUUUGUACUAAUAUCAACAUUUAUGGAGCAUUUACUAUGGGCCAGCACUAUGGUGAUCAUUUUACUUAUAUAAUCUUAUCAAAUCCUUACAAAUCUAAGGACCUAUAAUAAUUAUUAUCCCCAUUUUACGGAUGAGAACACUGGGCUUUAGAAAGGUUCGGUAACUUAUCCAAAGCCACAAAACUAAUCAGGGACCCAUGGUCUACCUAACUACAUAGCUCUGGGUAAUAGUAGUAGUACUAAUAAUAAUGACAACAAACACUCAUUGAGCCCUUAUCAUGCUUGCACAUAUCUGCUAUAGGCACCAUGGUAAAAAACUGAGACUUUCCCAGAGGUGCACAGCAAAUAAAUCAAUAAUAUGAGCACCUACUAUGAGAUAGGCCUGAGAUAGAUGAUUUUAUGGACAUUAUAUGUGGGGUGAUGGGUGAGGGGAAUGUUAUGUCAACAGUUCCAAUGUAUUAAAUCCAAUAGUAAGGUCGGAGAUGGAUCUGAAGAAACGCCAGCCUCCUCGCAGGGCCUGUGCCUUUUCGCUGCCUCCUCUUAACACACAGCCGGCCCGCAGCCGCCCCCCGGGCAUGCGUGGCCCUCUGGGAAACCUGUUCCAGGCCAAAGAAGACUCGGAACCUCCGAAGGCUUCUUCCAGCUUUAAGACGACAAACGUGGCAUCAUCUUCCCAGCCAAAAAGAGUGAGUCCUAAGCUGGAGCUUAGUCCACAGCAGAUACAGGAGCUACGCCAAGCUUUUGAUCUCUUCGAUACUGAUGCAACUGGGACCAUUGAUGUUAGAGAGCUCAAGGUGGUGAUGAGAGCAAUGGGCUUUGAACCAAAGAAAGAAGAGAUUACGAAGAUGAUAAGUGAAAUUGAUCCAGAAGGUACAGGAAAAAUGAAUUUCAAUGACUUCUUGACUGUGAUGACUCAAAAAAUAUUGAACAGCCCAAACCUCAACAAGUAA